GUCACACACCGCUGUGAAUGGAUCAAGUCCAUUGAAAUCUGGCACAAUUGGCUGCUUUUCAAUAUUAUGUUUUCACAAAAGUAGAUAGAGAAUACUAUUGAAGAGCAAAGUAUAAGAAGACAUGUGCUUUCCAUGCUGGGAGUGGGAAUUAAUACAGGUAGCCAACUGGAGAAGUGUUUUGAUAUUUUUUGGUUAAUCUUUGAAUAGUUGUAAGGCUACUCCUGGCCCAGCUUCCUUAAGUUUCUGAUAAAAAGGUGUAUUGCCAUUUUUUGCGAAAGAUUUCUGUAAAUGUUAUGUAGGGUUUGGUUGUUAUUGUAGGUAGAUUAGCCUAUUUGUUUAUUUCUAAUCCGUGUCUACCCCUUGGUAGAGGUUGUAAACAAAGUGGUUAUCAUUUUUUGAAAAAGUUUUUAUUAUGAUAUCAUUCCAAAUGAUCGUUCUUGACCUGUAUUAUAAAGAUACGCUUUCGGAAUGUAUCGCAGCAUUCGCGACGUCAAACUGAUGUCAACAAUCCAGCUGUCAGGAUUGCCCCGAUGCCGGCAAUAUGCAUAGUCUGGCGCUACGUUUAAAGUUUAAAGAACGAGUACACGGAUAGAUAAUACCGGGCGUGCGAAGGCGACGGAGACAGAAAGUUGCAGGUUACAAGCAGGCCAGUCUGCCGUCGGCCGGCGCUCGAGCCGCAUGCCCGUAGCGCUCCGCUAUCGGAACUUGUACCCAACAUGAUCGUCUCGCGUUACGCUACUCGCUGCGCCUCGCCGCGUCACCGAUAAGAUCUGCGUAUCCGAUAUUCGGCCGAUAGGGAUACAACAUUCGUGUUACGAGAGCACUUGCCGACCAUGUGAUCGCUCCCCGCCGAUGGGAGCGAAAACCGAACAAAAAAGCCGCCUGCUAAUGUAUCCCGCCUACAAAAAAGGGAUAAAAAGGCUAUUCCUGGAAUGCGCACAUGUCGACGCCGGGUAACAGGCAACUACUGAUCCCGCAGUGUCGUCGAGAUGCCCCGAAGGAGUAAGUGGAUGCAUCUGGUGGCGGGCGUCGUCGCCGGAGUCACCCUCGGGGUUUUCCUCAAGCUCUGCUUAAAGCCGUCUUCGAGGACUUCAAUAGAAGCGUGUGAAGCAGCAAAACUUAUAUCGCCGGACCCGCUGGCGUUGAUAGAUUUAAGCCCGGAAGAGACUAUUCAGAAUUCCAAUAGGAGUUUAGUGUUUGUGGGAGUGAUGACGGCCGAGCAGUAUUUGAAUUCUAGAGCGAAGGCAGUGAUGGAAACGUGGGCACAGGACUUGCCCGGUCGGAUAGCGUUUUUCAGUUCGGAAGUGUCUCGAGCCCCGGGGCUCCCGCUGGUGCCGCUGCGGAAUGUGGACGACAGCUAUCCGCCACAGAAAAAGUCGUUUCUCAUGCUGUUAUACAUGUACGAAAAGUACGGUGAUAGGUUUGAGUGGUUUAUGCGCGCGGACGAUGACAUUUACGUGAGAGGUGAUAAGUUAGGUGAAUUUUUGCGUUCAGUGGACAGUAGGAAGCCACAGUUCAUCGGCCAGGCGGGUAGAGGAACUAACGAUGAGCGUGACGCUUUGGCUUUGGAUUAUAAUGAGAAUUUUUGUAUGGGUGGGCCGGGAGUGAUGAUGUCGAGGGAGACUUUAAGGAGGGUGGCCCCUCACGUGAAGUACUGCUUAAAGCACCUGUACACGACGCACGAGGAUGUGGAGCUGGGACGGUGCGUGGCGAAGUUCGCCGGGGUGUCAUGCACGUGGAGCUAUGACAUGCAAACGAUCCUACACCACAACGGCAGUGGUGCAGCAGCGUACACCGGGCGUCUCAAGCGGCGGGAGGUGCACCGCGCCAUCACGCUACAUCCCGUGAAGGACCAUCGCCACAUGUACAGACUGCACACUUACUUUAAGAACCUCCGUAUCCAAGACACCCGUGAACUAUCAGUAGACCUGCACAGGGACAUAGCGAUGUGCAUGAAGGAGUUGCACGUACCACAAGAGCAAGUGGCAGACUACAUGCUUCCAGGGGACGUGCCUCUCUUUCCUGCCAAGAUCGGAGACAAGGACUACGCGGGAGACAACUCUAUAUUAGGUGCACCAAUCGACAUGAGCCGAUAUCAACCAACGACUCUGAAUGACAUACUGACGUUCGACUUCAUCAGUAAGUCGAUAUACUCCACCACGCACUCCAACCCGAAGAGAAGGAUCGAGUCCCCGCUGAAAGAGGCGCUGGACGAUGUUAUCCGAGAAGUCAUGGAAAUAAUUAAUGCGCCAUCAAGACAGCGCGGUCGAGUAAUCGACUUCAAUGAGCUUCUAUACGGCUACACGAGAUUGGAUCCACUGCACGGAGCUGAUCAUAUCCUGGACCUGUUGCUUCGAUACCGGAGGUACCGAGGACGCAAGAUGACUGCUGCAGUCAGGAGGCAUGCUUAUCUGCAGCAGACGUUUACUGGGAUGGAGAUAAGAGAACUUCCAAUGGGAGAGCCAGCACCGAGCGAGGACCCUGAGUUGUCGGACAAUGCCGAUACAAAGGACCCCUUGGACUACGACUUUGACGAGUCUAGUCAGCAACAGAAUAGCUUCCUCGACUUCGGGAAAUUGGGGGUCAAAGAAGCCCUCGAAACCGGACUAAUGAAGCUUCAAAAUCUACCUAAAGUUCUCAAAUGGAGUGACGCUGAUAUAGAAGAGUAUCCUGUGUAUAAUAGAAUAAUCAAUUUUAUACUGCCUCUUAUGGGCAGGCAAGAAAUCUUCGGACGUUUCAUGAAAAAUUAUGAAGAUAUUGUCCUAAAAACCGACGAGGCUGUGACGUUAAUAGUCGUACUAUAUUUAGACAGUAAGAAUCCGUUGGACUACGGAAAUACGGAAUCCCUAAUAACCUAUUAUAAAGAUUUAUACGGGAAAGAGAUAAAAGUCGUCCGAAUGGGAUCGACGACAUUUUCAAGAGGCGCCGCGCUCACCGAAGGACUGAAGCAGUGCUUAGACGACGACUUAGUUUUCUUUAUAGACGUCGACGUAAUGUUCAAUUUUGAAAGUCUUAGGCGGAUAAGGAUAAACACAAUCAAAUACAAUCAAGUGUACUUCCCUAUAGUGUUCAGCGAAUACGAUCCAGACGUUGUUAAUGGAGAGGACUAUAACAAAUUCAAAGGUGAAACGUUCGUUAUAAAUAGUGAUUUAGGUAAAUACGUGGACAGUUCCGAAAGUGGUGCUAAAUCGGAGCGAGAACUCACUAAUUUGAAGUACAGUAAAGAGAUACAUGACGACUAUGGGUACUUUAGGCAAUACGGUUUUGGUAUACUAAGUAUAUUUAAGAGGGACUUUGAAAGGGUGGGCGGGUUCGACCUGACCAUUAAGGGUUGGGGGUUGGAAGACGUUCAAUUAUUUGAGACUAUGAUCAAGUCAAAUUUGACUGUGUAUCGAGGUCCUGAUGACAGUUUGGUGCAUAUCUUCCACUCGGUAGACUGUGAUAAGAAUUUGGAGAAGAGUCAGUUUUUGAUGUGCCUAGGGACGAAGGCUUCGACUCAUGGUAAUGACAAGCACAUGACAUAUUACAUGUUGAACCACCCGGAUGUGCUGUGGCCAGACGCGGAGAAAGGUGCUAGCUAGUACAGGGUUCAAGUUUAGAUUAUUUUAUAACUAAGAAUCCCCUUUUGUGAAGGGGUUGUAUGUAAUUUUUGUAAAUGUAAUUAAAAUUACGUCUACUCAAUCUGCAUUUGGUAUAACUAUAACGAAAGUCAAACGUAUAUUAUACUUUUUAGUCAGUUUUAUUGAAUUAUAUUUUUUGUAUUUUUAUUUGACAUUCGUUUGGUAAGAAUUCCAUUUCAGAAAACAAUGUAAAUAGAUAUAAAACAACUGGACAUUUUUUCGAGAAAUGUCGCACAAGUAUUAAAAGUUUGAUGCUUUUAUGGAAUGCUACAUGACAUCGCGUAGUUUUCUUUUAUCGUAAUGAACAAUUUUUAUUUUAGUUAUUUAGAAAAGCUGGCUUUUAAUUUUACUAAAAGAUUCCUAGUCUGAAGUCAGAUCAUAUAAAACUCGACUUUAGUAAUUUGUUCAUUAUAAUAUAGCUAAUAAGCAUAAUUCGCUAUUUAAAUAUUUUGGUCAAAACGGUAUAACCAUGAACAUACGUAAACAAUUCAAAGCAUUUAAUUAUUAAAGUUAGUGGAAAAGUAGUCUUUCCAAAAAAAUACAUUUUACCACGGCUGCAUUUUCACCAGCGAUGUGCGAGGAUGUAUAACGAGGGAUGUAUUUUUUAAGAACCAAUAGACAGAUAAUUUACCUAGCCUCGCUUAGCGCAGCUUAUAGUGGACGAUAUACCAUUGGUUAUUAACAAACAUUUCUCUCGCUACGUAUCCACGUACAUAUAUCUGGUGCUAACGCAGCCUUACAAUAAGAAUUCACCUUCAAUCAAAGAAACUAAGCAACAUGGAAAAACCACUUUUCCAUUAACACAUUUACUGCCCGGAACCCGCCUAGUGGCCGCUGGUAACUUUUGUUCAGAUGCCAGACAACCUACGAGGCGGGUUGUUUCUAUACAUAACCAUAGAUAAUUAACAGGCUACGCCAAAGAGCCACACACGCACACACACACAGAGGGCACACAUCGCCACGACUAGCAGGGUUAACCAGCAAAUAAGUUUUAAUUAUUAUAUUAUUUAGACAUGCAUUAAUAUGUUUGACAUGUCAUAAAUUACGAAAUCCAUUCAUAUUGUAUGUCUUUCAACCUAAUGGUAUUUCGAAAACUAUUUGGUGCCGCUUCCAAUAGCGCGAUUUCAAAAUUAUCUAUUUUUAAACCUUAGUUAUUCUUAUAUUAAAAUUCUUUUGUAAAUGGAUCAUGUAGUGGCGAGACUAAGAACAGCCCCUUAUUCAUAAACGUCUACUAAAGUUAGCAAGCCGCUAAUAAUCGUUUGUCCCUUUCCAUCAUACCAAUACGUCGGAAAGGGACAAACGAUUAUUAGCGGCUUGUCAACUUUAGUAGACAUUUAUGAAUAAGGGGGUAACAAUAAAAGUAUAAAAGUAACAGGAUUAUUGACAAUGAAACUUAGCUCAACCCUAGCGCCCGCCCAGGGCGCUCGGUGUACACUGCUGCUGUGUUGAUCGUUGUGUGGCAUCGUCAACAUGCCUAGUGGGUGUUUAUAGAUAUUGCAUGAUUUAUGGACUACUGUUUAAUUUUUUGUCUGGCAGUGAAUGUAUUAACAGCGUCAAAUUCACUUAGGUAUAAUUGUUCCUAUAGUUAGACAAAUAAAUAUUAAAUUCUCACUACGAUACUACCGUACUUUAUUAUAAGUGGAUGAAUACUAUCAAUAACUUCUUAGAACAAACAAUAUAACAUUACUGCCUUAAAUAUGACAAUAGGUAGUUAUAAGAACUGUAAAAUAAAUUUUAGUUUUAAAAUUCAGUAAGGUGGAAUAUAUUAGAUCAUACCUGGUGAUGCUCUUAAAUUUAAACUUUAUUAAGCGUAUUUGAUUUAUUAUUUCAUUUUAGCAAACGAAAUUACCUAAUGAGGUUAUACAACCAAUGGUGACGAUGCUCUUAACUCUGUAUCUUUAGGUAUUUAAGUAAAUGUAAACAAACAACUUGUACAUUUUCGGGUAGUUAUAACAUUUAUUGGUUAACCAACCAAAUACAAAACCGCCUGGAUCUGUCACUGACCGACCUGACUCUAAGCUACAUUAUUUGAUCAUGUAAUGUUUUCAUCUACCCUCAACAGGCUUAGGGAGCCAUUUGAAGUUAGAUUUUGUUUACUUUUAUUUAAAUACCUAAAGAUACAUUACAUUACAGUAUAAUUCUGAACCAUUGGCUUUUUGAGACUCCUUUAUGGAAUUUUAUUUAUACCUAUUUUAACUUUUCAUUUUGUUUUACUUGAAUUUAAUAUACUCUAGGUAUAUAUCCUACCCUGGUUGUGAACGAAAGAUAUAUUCCAUACAAGCUAUCGCUUUAAGGCAAUAAUUACUUAUUAUAAAACUUCAGAACAUUCUUGAGCAUUUGUAGAUACGUACACUUUAUUCAACAACUUUUACCUGCGCAAUUUUAACUUUUACAUGUCGCCAUUUUACUGUUUUUGCAGAUUUACUACAGUUAUACUGAGUAGUCACAACUUUCUCUGUAAGUUUGGGCCAAAUUCAUUGUAGAACUAUAUUUUUUAAUUAAAUUUACCAUAAUAUUGUCACAACAGAUCACAAACGUUAUAGUAGAUACGUUAUUUUCAAUAAAAACUUGUUGCUAAUUACUUCUUAUUAUUUAUUUAUUUAAUUAACGUUAGAUGCAAAUUGACAAUAAAUAAUGAUAGGUAACAUUGGUGUUUUUGUUUGAGAUUCACGUAUCUACUCCAUAUAAGGGUAAGCAUUCACCUAAGCGAAGUACCAUAGCGGAGCAAAGCACAAGGAAAAAUCCGAGGGGCUUUCGGACAUUUUUCGGAUGCAAAUUCUUACGAAUGGAUUAUCUGCACUUUUGAAGUUCGCAAUAAUCCCUGCAGUACAUAAUACAGACGUCUUCACUAUCGCACUGCUUCGAAACUUCGUUCAGCUACGGUGGACGCUAACCUUUAUACUUUGUGUAAGUACUGGGUGCCUAGCCAAAGUGCUAAUCAUUUAUACUCCGUAGCGUAGUCAUCUCUCUCUAUCACUCUUCCAUAUUAGUGCGACAGAGACAAUUGCGUUUCGUUUGCAACGGAACGUAAACGACUGGGACGUUGGCUAGGCACGCAGAUCUGUGGUAUAACGUAAAAAACUAACGUUUCUGUUUCGCUCACUGGUCACUUUUCAGUGUCGAAACGUCCCAUUUGUCAUAAUAAUAAAUUAUUGUAGGUAAGCUAUUUUUGAGAAUCCUCGGGUUAAAGGACUUUACGAUGAUUGGGGCUUGUAUCAUAAAUUAGGUACAAUAAGUACUUUUAAGUAUUUUUUAAGUAUUUUUACUGGAUCAACGGUUAACUCUUUGACCACCAAAAACAUUGACGGGCGGGUCUUACGGGCAAUAAGAAUGGGGCCAGUACAGCGGUGUCUACGCACACGAAUUUGAGCCAAUCAUGCAGUCUAACGCCACAACGCGAUUGGUUGAUAAGUUUGCAUCACGCGCGAUUGAUCGCAGCUAGUUACGUUAGACUGGCUCGAAUUCGUGAGUGACACCACUGAACUAGCGCCAUUCUUAGUACCCGUAAGGCCCGUCCUUAGAUAAAGGUAUGUCAAUGACCAAAAACGUCAACUGACGCGCACGGCUACAACCCAAUAUCAACUUUCGUGUAUUUCAAUAAGGUUCAUGAUGGCGCGCCGCACACGAUAGGUACGAUUGGUCUGGCCGCAUUUUACCUUCCCAUAGAAACAGAGUUUCGUUCUCAUUUUUAAACUACGUGUUUGAUUGUAAUGAAACUUUGCACAUACUUUGCUUGCCCUGUAGGGCAAAAUAAGCAAAAGUUUCUCAAUAGACGCUUGAAUGUUGUAUCAGAUGUUUCUGUCUUUAUUUCUGCAGGUAGCCGCUCAUAGUAAUUCGGACCGAUGACAGGCGGGUGUCUAUCUGAGGCUACAUAAACUAGUUACAGCCAGCUAGAUAUACCAUAUCCUAUUGUAAGUACAAAGUUUCAGGGCAAUCUAGCUAGUCACUUUAAAAUGAGAGCGUAACUAAGUUUGUAUGGAGAACCGAGCUUGCUGGGGUCUCUUAACGCAUGUUAAUCUGACUAAGGUCCUUUUUCUUGAAACGACAUGUUUUGUAAAUAAGCUGUAAAUGUCAUGUGCUCACAUGUGAAGUGCCAAUCGUUAGUCGUAAGUAGGUAAAUAUUAGAAUUGAACGCGACCCGUUAUAUUUUUGUGUUGAUAUUAAUAUUUUUAUUGAAUGGAAACGGCAAUGUGAUUUGAAAGUGAUUGAAAGUACGAAAUUAAAUAUUAUUUUUGUCUA